AUGCAGGCUUCUUGCAAAUUUGCCCAUCAAAAAGAAGAGCUGCAAGACCUUCCAGACUUGGCGUGCACGAAGCUUUGCAAGAUGCUGAUAAGCACAGGCUCUUGCGAUGACCCUGAUUGUCGAUAUGCUCACAACCGGUCGGAAUUAAAAGAGAUUCCGGGCUUGCCUUCGCCACUUUUGGAUCAACUACGUGAGACGGAGGCUGUUCGCUUGGCAGAUGCAGCAAAGGCAGCUGCAAAAGCAGCUGCUGAAAGCAACGAUGCGCAGCGGCAAAAGAGCAACGAGCAGCUCCAGCAGCAGCUGCGACAACAGCUGACACUGUUGGAGCAAGCAACUGGACCUACUCCGCAAAAGGCAAGUCAGGAGUCUUCCAGAGCGACAAUGCCGGGCAUUGCGCUGCAAGCUGUGCCGACAGCGCUGCCGCCGGAAGUAGCGGCUCAGCUCUUCCCAAAUUUGCCAAUAGGUGGUGCGAUCUUGAGUCCAGCUGCCCUGGAUGCGGGCUUUUUGAUUAAUCUGUCAAAUGUAGUCACUGCACAGACACCAGCCACAAUGCCGUGGGCAGUCGGACAAGCAACAUCACCGGGGUUGGCGCAGUUGCCCUCGAAGAGGCAAGAGCCCUCUCAUGCAGCUGCCAAAGCUGCACCAAAGAAGGACGGCAAACACAAAAAGGAGAAGGCCGCUGCAGGCCAUAAGCAAGAACAAGGCAAGCGUGCUGACAAUCACAGCGCCGGAAAGGUUUUGUCUUUGGCUAGCGAGCUGCCAAAAACGCACACUGCAGAUCAGCAGACAUUAGCUUCCCAAGUCCAGCAGCAGCUGCAGAUGCAGCUGCAGCACCAGCAAGAGAUUCAAAAACAGCUUCGAACGCAACUUGCGAGUCAGCCAACAACACAGGAAGCAGAGACAGCAACAGCGGGGUCGAAGCAUCGUCAAGAGCAGAAGGCUCCAGCAACGGACCUCGAUGCAGAACAAAGCUUGCAGGGACCAGAGGUUGCAAGUCCACACGUUGCGGUUGAUGCAGACCCAGCACCAGCAACAUCCUACCCACGCAUCAACACCUGGAGCGGCGGAUUGAACGAAAUGGAAGAGGAAUUGCUCGAUGAUCCAGUGCUGGAGCUAGGACCACUGGAGAAGGUAGAGCAAUCACCGCUCGCGAUUGGCUUGCAUGAGAACUUCCGGCAGAUCAUGCAGCAGAUGGCCUCACAACCACCAACAGCACCACCACAGAUCAUUUCCGCAAGCAAGGAGACACGUGGACUUCAUCGUGUUCCAGAGGACAAGCGACUCACUGGGAUGGGACGGCAGAUCAGUGAGUGCUCGGAGACAUCCGUGACAUCAACUGACACACCGUCAACAGAGAAGCGCCUCCAGGACACGCCCCUACAACCUGGCAGACGAAGAUCAGACAGCAGAGGCUCAUCGCCAUUCUCCGCAGUUCAUGAAGAGGACGAGGACGAGACCGAAGAGCCAACCGGGAAGGAGCUCGGGCCUGACAUGGUGCCCAUCUCUCCGAACACGAAGCUGAAUCAGAACUUUGGGGCCAUUGUCAAGAACACUUUCCUGGAGCUUCCUUCCGAUGAUGAUCAACCGCCAAGGCUCCGGACGGUUCACACUGCUGCUGGCAGACUGGACAGCAUGGGUGGGCUGCCGUCGAACUCGUCCUUCGAGACCUUGAUGUAA